AUGCCUGCUCAGCGAUCGACUCCUUCAGGAAGCUCUACUCCGAAGAAAACAGUCCAUGUCAGGACAUACCAAGCAUGCGAAUCCUGUCGGGCAGCCAAGUUGAGAUGCGAUUUAGGAAGUCCUGACGCACCUCGUGAUCCACCAUGUCGUCGCUGCCUACGAACAGGACGUCAGUGUAAGUUCACCAAGUCAUAUCAGAGGAAGACGACCUCUAUGAGCAAUAUAUCUGGGGCGAAUGCACCUCCAGCUUCGGCAGAAACCUCUCAGAGUGCAAACAUUCCAUUCCAAUAUCACCCGUUAACCGGUAUACCAUCACAGUCUUUUGCCUCGGAUGAACAUGGAGACUUCAAAUUCGUCAGGGCAGAAGCACUGGAAAACCCUGCAGACGCUCUGAGAAUAUUGUGCGCGGCCGCUGAAGAAGAUGCGGUAGAUGGGGAGGAGCCUCGACCCACUAUACAGUACAAUGUUGGAUCAGGAUUAUGGAAUCAAUGGGUACCGGUUAGAGAUGGACUGAUGACUGCAGACGAAGCGACCGCUCUUUUGGCUCACUUCGGCACCUACAUCAACAAGAUGCUCCCUCUCAUCCCUCUGCAGCUAUUCCAACCCGAAAACUUUCCUAUCCUGCUACAAGAAUCGCUCCUACUCGCCGCUAUGGUCUGUACCGCUUCCAGGUAUAUGGAUAUGGGUGAAUCAUAUGACCCUCUUGAGCCUCGCCGCUCAAGGAUAGUACAGAAUAAGAUAUCAGGCUGGAUAAGAGAAAGAAUCGGGUAUAUAGCCAUGGGAGAGACUACAUCACGCACUAUCGGCACAGUGGAAGCGCUUCUCAUCCUCAGUGAGUGGCCACCUCGUGCCAUGUUGUUAUCGGAUAGCAAUGUUAUUUCGGAACCCAACUCUCAUCGUGGACCAGCCAAUCCUUGCAAAGUUUACGAUGAUUUGUCAUGGACAAUGAUUGGAUUGGCAACUCGUAUAGCCCAGGAAUUAGGCCUGCAUGAUGAGAAGGCGUACCCAUCAGAAGCGCAAUCAGAGUGGUCAGUACACCGGCGGCAUAGGACUUGGAUAUUCUGUCAGGCGGCCGAUCGACAUGCUUCGGUACGACUGGGUAGAGAUUCGUUGAUCCAAGAAAUGCCCACUGGCUGGUGGGAUGUUCUCGGAGAAUAUAGCCGUUUGUCAGGAGAUGAGACCUUCCCUUUUCCCCGUGUGCAAGUGAAGUGGAAAGAGAUCAUGCUCGUAGCCCAAUUUACACAUAUGAUCGGCUUGAUACAAGAGCAGUUCUACGACUCUGCAGAUAUCACCUCGGAGCUCAUAAGAACAGGCAAGUUCGAGAACACCUUGCACAGGUUAAAGCCCGAAUUAGACAUGGCAUGGUAUCUCAAAGCUGGUGACCUCCCUACUUACGACCUAUUUGACCACGAUGGCCCUGCAUUCACGGAGGAUGAACUGAGAGAACUGAGAUGGCGUUUGGACCUGGAUUAUAUCCGGCUCUACAGCAAUGCAAUAGCGAUGCGGGCGGCUCAGACUCGGGUCAUGAGACGUCAUAAGACUAGAAACCAGAACGAUCGAGUGUUCCAGGCCAGCGUGAUCAACUCAACCGAGGGACCCUUCAUCAUUGAGGCUGUGGAUGCUGCUGUCUCACUUGUGAAAUACGGUAUCGCUUUGCAUAAAAAGGGGUUGUUGCGAUAUUGUCCUAGUCGAGUCUUUCUCAAACUGGUCUUUGCAAGUGUCUUCCUGAUGAAAGCGGUAUCAUUCGGUGCUGUCGGUCAGCCGGAACAAGAUACAGUCAACCUGCAGUGCUCUCUGAUCGAAGCCCUGUCAACGGCCAGUGUAGAUGAUGAGCAUGUUGCGGGAUAUCUCGCUGGCAGGUUACGACGAGUAUUCCCUGCUAUUUCCACCGGCCCGUCGCGCACACUGGCCGAAGUCAAUCCAUAUAGCGAUAUGCUGAACAUGGAGGAGUCCAACAUUCUCUCCCUAUUUGGGUUUGCUUCCGAAACUUUCCCUAGUGUCGAAAGUGAUGGCCAUCUAGAAUCGUUGUCAGGCUUUGGGUAUGAUCCCAGAUCGGUUGUCUCUGAUAUAGAGGAACUUCUGGCGGCGUCAACUAACAGCCAAUCGGUAUCACAAUUUCCUAUUCUAUAA